AUGGGCCUCUCAGCGUUCGAGAUUUUGGAUAUCAUCGAGCUCCUCUUCUUUGUCCCUGCUCUGAUAGCAUCGGGUUAUCUCGUGCAUAAGCACGGCUAUCGCAAACGACUGGGAUGGAGGUUUCUCCUCAUGAUCUGUCUGUUUCGGCUUAUCGGCGCUGUUACCUCUCUUGUCGCUGUCAAGCAUCCAACAAGUGGCUUGACCAUCACUUACGACGUCAUGAACAGCUUCGGCUUGUCCGCAGUCCUUUCCACCGCACUGGCUCUCUUGGAUCGCGUCGAGGACGGCAUGGCACCACACGGUCUACCUCACCAGGUCUUCCAGCUCCUUCACCUCCCGAGUCUUGUUGGUAUCAUCCUCAGUAUAAUCGGCAGCACGAGCCUUUUCGGGGACAACACCACUGAUGUCUCGACCGGCUUCAGCGAACUCAAGGCGGCUGUCUGUCUGUUCUUGGUCGUGUUCGUUGCCAAUAUCCUCAUCACUGGACAUUGUUUCCUGAAGAUCAGUCACAUCUUGCCAGGUGAACGUCGCCUCCUGUUUGCCGUCGCCUUGUCUCUGCCCUUUAUGACGGUCCGCAUGAUCUUCUCCAUUCUGUGCGUCUUUGCCAACGAGCCCAAAUGGUUCAGCACUUGGAGCCUCAAUUGGACUGCCGUUCUUGUUCAUGGCAUAAUGGGCGUUCUCAUGGAGGCCAUCAUUGCCACCAUAUUCAUCUUGGCUGGGUUGACCACAGCGCCUGCAACCCUGCUACCGGCCCACGAAGGCAAAGUAACUUACGAUUGGGGGGCACGGAGUGUCUGA